AUGGCGAAUACUAGCAGCAGCGGUAAUAAUAGCGCCAACUCGAACGCUAUCGUCUCCGUGUGGCAAAAGAACAAUUUAGUCAACGUGCAAAGAAGUAGGAACAAUAACGCAGACGGUUACUAUAAUAAUAAUGCUAACGACGAAGACGAAGACCCUCGCAUUCGCGUUGUCGUUCGCGCGCGUCCGUUAGCACCCCGCGAGAUUGCAAAGAAUGAACGCAACGUCUGCGACGCCGACCCGGACUCGAAGACUUUGACCGUCUUUGAACCAAAAGUGAAAGUUGAUUUGACGAAGUUCACGGAAACGAGCGAGUUUGUGUUCGACGACGUAUUCGGCGGAUACUGCUCGGACGAUCGCGUGUACGAUAAAACUGUCGGUCCUUUGGUUCGUUCGGUUUUAUGUGGCGGUAACGCGACGUGUUUCGCCUACGGUCAAACCGGUAGCGGCAAGACGUAUACGAUGGCGCCUUUGCCUACGCGAGCAGCGAAGGAGUUGUUGAGUGGAUUUGCCGAGUUUAACAAAGUGUUCGAGGAAGAAAAGAAGAAGAAUGAGUGCCCCGAGAACGGAUUGAACGAUGCGGCUCCAACUUCUCCAAACAACGAAGAAGACGUCGGCCAAAAAAUUGAGCUUUGGGUUUCCGCCUACGAAAUAUACGGAGGUAAAGUGUACGAUCUGUUAGCCUCUCGAGAGAAACUUCGAGUUUUAGAAGACGCGAAGAAUCAAAUGCAAAUCGUUGGUUUAUCCGAGUUUCUCUGCGAAAACGUGAGCGAAGUGGAAACGUUGAUUGAACGGUCGGCUUUAGAGAGGUGCGUCGGGCAAACGGGCGCCAACGCGGAAAGCUCGCGGUCGCACGCGGUGAUUCAAUUAUGGAUAAAAGAGCGGUUACUCCCAACAAAAGCUCGAAAUGGUCGACAGAAAAGUAUAUAUCAGCGCCAGCAACAACACGAUUUGAUGAUGAAUUCGCAUCGUCAUCCACAGCUUCAAAAUAAGAGAUACCAUCGAAAGCCGCUCGGAAAAUUUUCUUUCAUCGAUCUCGCCGGUUCCGAGCGCGGCGCGGAUACCACCGAUACGGACCGCCAGACGCGAGCAGAAGGCGCAGAAAUUAACAAAUCUUUAUUAGCGUUGAAAGAAUGCAUUCGCGCGUUGGAUGGUGGCGCGACGCACGUCCCAUUUCGCGGAUCGAAGUUAACCGAAGUUUUGCGAGACUCGUUUUUAGGCGAUAGUCGAACGGUGAUGAUUGCGUGCGUUUCUCCAGCCGCGGGUAGUUGCGAACACACGUUGAAUACGCUUCGUUACGCAGACAGAGUGAAAGAAUUGCGGAGUAACGUUGUUGGAUCUCUACCGUCGUCGUCGUCAUCUUCUGCAAUCAGCGAUGCUCCCGCGAGAAAGGCGUCGCUUCAAACAUCAUCAUCGGUUGCUACUAUUCCUGGAAAGCGAAGACCGGCUUUUGAUCUCUCGUUUUGCUCGCCCGAAAGUGAACGAGCAGUAGAAAACAAUCCUGCUCUGCCUUCUUCUUCAAAUUCUUCUUCUUCUUCUUCGAGUCCAACAUCCGCUGAGAAAACGCUCGAUCGACAUCAGCGGCCAGAGAAAAAGAAGGAUGAAACGAACGAGAAAGAACAAUCAUCACGAAACCCGCUCGAAGCCGAUGCUGAGAUCAACAGCAAAACUGUCGUCGAUGUUGUCGAUGACGACGACGAUUCAGAAACAUCUCACCUUCUCUUUGAAAAAUACGCCACCUCCCUUUCCCCGCCUCAACUCCAACGCCAACACGAAAAGCUCAUCGAAACCAUCUUAAAAGAAGAAUUCGACUUGAUCGACGCGCACCGCUCGCACGUGGAGCAAUCCGUCACUCGCGCCUCGGACGCCGCCGAGCUUCUCCGCGUCGUCGACGAACCCGGUUCAGCGGUCGACGAAUACGUCUUCCACUUGGCCAACUCGCUCGAGAGACAGCGCAAAGAGCUCGAUCAGCUCUCCGCUCGAGUGCGGAAGUUUCAAUCGCAUUUGAGGAAAGAAGACGUGCUCUCGAAAUUGAACAUCAACAGCACAAGCGGUGCCGCAAAUAGACAGGCAGCAGAGAGGAAAUGA